AUGAACCCAUCAACCCGUUGGACGUCGAACACGUUGGAUGAGGAAGUCGAACACGCUGGACCCAAACCCGUUGGACGUCGAACCCGUUGGAUGAGGAAGUCGAACACGCUGGACCCAACCCGUUGGACGUCAAACCCGUUGGGAGUUGAACACGCUGGACCAAACCCGUUGGACGUCAAACCCGUUGGACGUCGAACCCGUUGGACGUCGAACCCGUCCCAGGAGCGCAUUAACCCGUUGGAAGUCGAACACGCUGGACCCAACCCGUUGGACGUCGAACCGGUUGGAUGA